GUGUAGUAGAUACACAGACAGAGAUAUAAACAUGCAUGUAGUCUCUCUCUCUCUUUCCCCCCCCCUCUCCGUCUCUUCUAUUUUUCUUAAAGAAUUCGUGUGUUGUUGUUGUAGUUGUUUGUAACGGGGUUGCCUGCGCACGAGUCUAUGCUGCUGCUGGAAAGGAAACCGAAAAGAAGGAGGAAGAAGAAGGAGGAGAGAGGAGGGAGAGAGAGAGUCUACCAGCCAGGAGCCAGGAGCUACACGCAGCAGCAGCAGCAGUGGUGGUGGUGGCCUUCGCCAGAGAGACAGUCGACUGUCUCGACUCGACUUGCCGAGUUAUUAGCCGACAGCAGCAGCAGCAGUCGACUACCCGCCGUCCAUCCGUCCGUCCGCACACCAGCACAGCAGCACAUCGUCAGCAGCAGCAGAAGCGGAAAAUGGAGUGCAAUAAGUGAAGAUCGUGACAAGUGUUGACGAUCGGCCGACAGUGUUUGAAAAGACGUUUUCUUUUAUAGGAUUUGGAGUGGUCGGUUCGGAUGUCGGUUCUUCGCUUCUCAUCGAUCCAUCAGCAACAUCGUCGACCGCUUUUGCCCGUCGUCUCGGAAGAAGAUAGAGCAGCAGAAGCAGACGACGGCCACAGUUCAGAGAAGAAGCCGGCCGGCCGGCUCGUCACAUUUCACAUCCCUGCAGCUGCUGCCGGCUGCUUUCGGAAAUGACCAUCAUGUUUGUGGUAGUGCAGUGGUUCAGUGGCUGCUGCUGUGGCUGGCCGUCGUUGUCGUCAGCCUACAGCAGCAGCAGCAGCAGGAGGACAAGGGCCAGCAGCAACAGUUUGAUCAUCCUGGCCGCUCUUCUCAUGAUCCUGUGCAGUUCCCAGUUGAUUGCCGUGUCCGAGGUGCGUUUCAGUGACCCCGCCAACGUCCAUCUCCAGGUCCAACAUCUACAGGUCCAGCAGCCGCAACACUUUGUCGCCAGCAACUCGUCGUCGGCGUCCAUCGGCGACGUGGCCGCCACCCGUCCGCACCGGAGGAGUCGCCGGCAUUGCCCGUCGUGUCGUCUGCCGUUGACGCCCAUCCACGUCCAUCGGCAGACGGAAGGCGAAGAAGAGGAAGGAGAGGAGGAGGACGGACAAAAGUCGUCGCUGGACGUGGUUGUGGCUCAGCAACAACAUCAAACGACGAUCGGCGAAUCGGCCCGUCUCGAGUCCAUCAAACGUCAAAUCCUCAUCAAACUGGGACUCAACGCCAAACCGAAUUUGCUCUCGUCCGUUAUUCCGCCCAGGGAUUUCAUCCUGGAAACGUUGCUGAGGGCGGAAGAGUCUUCUUCCUCGUCCCGUCCCCAUCAGUCCCAGUCCCAGUCGCCUCAGGGUAAACAGGCCCAGCCGCAUCAUCCGCAUCACUCGCAGGCCGACGGGAGCGUGGACAACGUCAUCGUGGACGACGAUUUCUACGGCAAGACAUCGGAGAUUAUCGCAUUCGGCGAGCCAGGUCCCCGACUGAACGGCCAAAUCCUGGCCGAGUUCUCACGGGUCCAGGAAACGGCACCCGAGUCUAGCCUCCGCGUCAAAUCGGCCACCCUGUGGAUCUACGUCCAGUUGAAUGGCAGUUUAAUAGUCCCGCCACCGCCGCACCCCACUCGAGCCGAUCGGCACGUACACCAACAACACCAACAACAGCAACAACAGCAGCGGACGAGUAGGUCACCGACGCUCUACGUCUUCAGGCUCCUUUCCUCGCCAGAACCGUUGGCCAACGCCAGCGGCACCAGCGACAAGGGCUGGAACGAGUUGCUGUUGGCCUCGCAGAAAGUGACGAUCCAGCACAGCGGCUGGAUGAAGAUCAACAUUAGCGAAGGCGUCCAGAAAUGGUUCGGCACCUCGUCGUCACCCACUUCCGGCAGUGACAAUAAAUUGCGUCUACUGGUCGACUGCUCCGGCUGCGGAUCCAACGUCCAGCCGGUGCUCUUCGUCGUCCCUCAGUCGCAGCAGCAGCAAGUCGAUGCGCUGGGCUCCGAUGGUGACGGCCAUGCCCAGCAGCAGACCAGCAACAGCAAGAAAAAGAAGAAGAAGAAGCGCAAGAAGCGAAAGAAGCGGAGGAGGCGACUGAUCGAGGAGGAAGAAGAAGAGAAACAACAACAGGAAGAGGAUCAGCGGAAUAAGGAGCAACAACAACAACAGGUGCAACACCGGCCGUUCAUCGUCAUCCACACGGACUCGAGCAGUUCGCGCCGUUUGCGACGACGGACUCCGCUGGAUUGCAGCCCCACCACAUCGGCCUGUUGCAAGCAGAGAUUCUUUGUGAGUUUCCGGGCCCUGGGCUGGGACGACUGGAUCAUCGCCCCUAGCGGAUACUACGCCAACUACUGCCGAGGCGACUGUGGCGGAGGUGGUGCUGGUGCUGGCGGAGUGAGAGCGCCGGAAUCGUUUCUCAGCUACCACUCGCACGUCAUCGACCAGGUGCGGAAGCAGUUGCCGCUGGCUUUGAGCAGCCACUCCAACAACAAGAAAAAGAGCAAAAAGAAAAAGUUGUUGGCCGAACAGCAGCAGCAACAACAGCAAAUGUUCGCCAAUUACCUGCAGCCGUGCUGCGCUCCGACGAAAUUCUCGAGCAUGUCGCUCAUUUACUUUGGUCCCGACAUGAACAUCAUCAAACGGGACCUGCCCAAAAUGGUCGUCGACGAAUGCGGAUGCCCGUGAUCCGACAGUAACGACAAAACAACCAACGAACGAAUGAGAGGCUAUCAUUUGAUUAUUUCCCAGGAUUUUUCUUGCUUCUAAUUUUUGGCUUUUCUUUUUUGGCUUUUUUUUUUGACCUUUUCAAAGUCUUUUCAUUCUCUGUCUAAUGCAAUUGGAUUCCAUCGGCUAUUAUCUAUACUAUAGGACCUCACUGCCACACCAUUUAUCUGUGCGUCUAUCUUCAUUCUCCGCUUCAUCCGCCGCGCUGCAAAACAUUGUCCAUGCCUCCCCUUAAUCCACCGUGUUUUCGCCAUUCCACUAUUUAAAAAAGACAAUUUAUUAACCCGAUUUAUAAUCAGAAUUUUAGCCAAUGUGUACAAGUUAGUUGCAAAUCAGAUGAUGAGAACCCGAGUGAUAUCUCCCAGUUCAUUAUUCCCCUUUUUUCGAUAUCAAUUAGGAUCGUCACAUUCCAAAUGAGAGAGCCCAGAAUCAUUUUUGUUGUCAAUGUCCGCAUGAAACGAACCUUGUUUUUUGAGAUACCCAUCAUAUUAUGAUUUCCGUAUAAAUAUCUGUGAAUUAUUAUUAUUCCGACUAUUAUUACCGGCUUUUUGAACGGCUGUACCAUAGGUGACGACGACGACUACGUGUGUGUCUGUUAUAUUAUAAUUAUGAGUAUGCCAACUGGUUCAUCGUCCGUGUUAAAAGGAGAUGGGACCGAUCGGCUUUCGAUUUCUUGGGCCAGACCCUCCUGCUGCGCUGCUGUGUGUAAUGGAUUGCAAUUACUAUCCUAUAUACGAUCCCCCCGUUUUGAUUAUAAAUAAAUCUACAUGUCUUUAUGCUGAUGUCAUUAUGCAAUGCACAUUUAUACACGCCUUGAUUUAUGGA